AUGCUCAAAACCACAGAUACAAACACGGUUUCCGACCACAGCUACAAAACUACAAUCAACUUCUCGAUGCAAAAGAUCACAGUAUGGAUUGAAAUAGGCUGUUUGCUCUCAUGCACUGGACUCCUCAUAUACAUCCUAGUCUCACUUUACAAAAUGACCAAAUCCAUUGAACAGAACCGUACGCCUAGAUAUGGAAAUGAAAGCCAAGCCGAGAAGGGAGGAUUAAAAGACUCCCAAUACACAAUCGUAUCAAAAACCUGCGAAGAAAAGUAUCACGAUGAUGCAUCUGUUCUGACGGGAAUCCCAACUCCAGAGCAAGAUUCUGGUAAUGCUAUUGCUUCAGAGAGUAUAGUUAAUUUUGGGAAGGAAUCUGUGGCUGAGGAAAAUAAAUGUGUGGAUUCUUUGGAGGAGAAUUUUCUGGUUUAUUGUUAUUAUCCUUCUCCAUUGUGGGAUAGUGCAACGGAGGAGGAAGAGUCUGAGUAA